GCAAAGGAAUUCGGGAAAUAUUUGUUAAGGAUGAAAGAGAAGAAUCCGAAUUUCUUUUUCGAGCUCCAACUCGAGGAGGAUCAAUCGAUUAAGCUCGCCUUUUGGGCCGACGCAAGAAGCAGAGCGGCCUGUGAGUAUUUCGGAGACGUCAUUUCAUUCGACACCACCUACAAUACAAACAGGUAUAAUUUGGUCUGUGGUUCUUUUGUCGGGGUGAAUCACCACGGCCAGUCAACACUUCUCGGAUGCUCUUUGAUGAAGAACGAAGAAAUUGAAUCAUUCAAAUGGUUAUUUCAAUGCUGGCUUCGUUGCAUGGGAGGAAACGCUCCGAAAGGGUUUCUCACCGAUCAGUGCGCAUCAAUGAAAAGGGCUUUAGAGGCCUGUAUGCCAACAACAGUUCACCGCUGGUGUAUUUGGCACAUCAUGAAGAAGAUUCCAAGCAAAUUAAACGGGUACAAGGCACACGCCGAUAUCGAACAACAAAUGAGCCAUGUUGUUUGGAACUCUCACAGCAAAGACUCAUUCGAUAGGAAUUGGAACGAUUUUCUGGUGAAUUUUGGUCUUGCCGACAACAAGUGGCUCUCAGGUAAUGUGUUUUUAAAUUCUGCAGCAGAGGUGUAAAUUGUACUGACUCUCGGGUGUAUUUUACUGUGUGUGUUUGGGUGUAUUAUGCAGAUCUGUACGAAG